ACGCUUAUCAUGAUGACUGGCAUUCGCGAUUCGCAUCAGGUAGUCUUGCUUUUCUCUUCUUGAAAGCUGAGACUAUAAGAAACGCAGCCGUUCGAGCAGCCGCCCCCACAAUAGACAGCUUUCUCUCUCUCUCUCUCUCUUUCUUUUUGCUUUCUAGUUUCUUUAUAUCACUGCCACCGCUUUCUCUCCAUUUCUCUCUUAUGGUUGCUAGACUGAGACUGUAGAGGCCGUGUAGCUCUGCUUCUCAUGGCUUGCCUGAGCGAUGAGAGCUGGGUUACUCUUCCCAAAAUGCUCUCGGAGCGCCUUUCUCUUAGUGGGGACCGGGAUGAGGAGGAAAAGAAGAGCUUUGUUGAUUCCAAGACUACCCAGUACCGGUUAGAGAAGGUUUUCCCGCUUUAUGCAAUGGGGAUUUCGAGGCCUGACUCGGACUCUGUUUUGUCCGCUGGCAAUUUGGGUGACCCGGUUUCUGACCCUAUUUGGGACGCUGUGACAGAGGAGGCAAAGUUGGAGGCAGAAAAGGAGCCGAUUUUGAGUAGCUUCUUGUAUGCCAGUAUAUUGUCACAUGAUUGCUUAGAGCAAGCCUUGGGGUUUGUUCUUGCCAAUCGACUGCAGAAUCCUACACUCUUGGCGACCCAACUGAUGGAUAUAUUCUGUAAUGUGAUAUUGCAUGACACAGGCAUUCAACGUUCGAUCCGCCUAGAUAUGCAGGCAUUUAAAGACCGGGAUCCUGCUUGUUUGUCAUAUUGCUCAGUUCUGUUGUAUCUUAAGGGAUAUCAUUCUUUGCAAGUGUAUCGAGUAGCACAUGCAUUGUGGAGCCAAGGACGCAAAGUAUUGGCCUUGGCAUUACAAAGCCGAAUCAGUGAGGUUUUUGGAGUGGACAUACAUCCAGCUGCAAAAAUUGGAGAGGGAAUAUUAUUGGAUCAUGGAACAGGUGUGGUUAUUGGUGAAACUGCAGUUGUAGGAAACAGAGUUUCAUUGAUGCAUGGUGUGACUUUAGGAGGAACAGGGAAAGAAGUCGGAGAUCGUCAUCCAAAAGUAGGUGAAGGUGCACUAAUUGGAGCCAGUGUAACUAUACUUGGGAAUAUAAAAAUAGGUAAAGGUGCAAUGGUAGCUGCUGGUUCCCUUGUGUUAAAAGACAUCCCUCCGCACAGCAUGGUGGCAGGCAUACCAGCAAAAGUGAUAGGAUAUGUAGCUGAGCAAGAUCCAUCAUUGACAAUGAAGCAUGAUGCUACCAAAGAAUUUUUCCAACAUGUGGCUGUUAAUUCUAAAGAUGGAAGAUCAACUGGAGCUCAGGAUCGUGAAAAGAAAUGAUCAAGGCACCUAAGAGAUGCGGCUAUUGUCAAGGCUCAAAUCUCCUCUGCCAAUGCCAAUCCAAAAGCAAUUCAUUUGACUCUUGUGGGAAAAUGGUUGUCAUAUUCAGGAUGUUAAAUUCAACAAAAACAUUGAAAUAUUUUUCCAGGGUAGCUGUGGAAUGUCAUUAGUCAUUUAUUAUCCCUUGUAAUCUAUGCUGGCAUAUUGCAAAAUUCAACAGAUCUUAAAAUGAA